GACUAUCCAUCUAACUUAUCAAAGCUAGCUAGAGAGAAACACUUGAGAAAUUAAUAUUGAUGAUGGUCAUGGAAACGAAGGGUGCGGUGGUGGGUGAAGUGGUGCCAUGCAUGCUAAUGGCUUUAAUGGAGUUUUGCACCAUCGGGUUGACCAUCUUGGCUAGCACCGUCAUUUCCAAAGGCUUAAGUCCCUUUGUGUUCGUCGUCUACACCAAUGCACUCUCUUCCAUCUUUCUUCUCCCUUACAACACCUUCAUCGUUAGCAGAAACAAGAGAGAAGAUCUUAUGUCACGGUUUCUUCUUCUUGGUUUAGUAGGGGUGACAAUGGCACAAAAUCUAGCGUUUGUUGGAUUGAGUUAUAGUUCCCCGAUCGUUGCUAUUGGAAUGGGUUGUUUGAUCCCUUCUAUUUCUUUCCUUCUUGCCGUCAUUUGCAGAAAGACAAGUGUGGAUUUGAGAAGUUCAAGCGGUCAAAUAAAAUUGAUGGGUACAUUGGUAUCAGUAAUUGGAGCUAUGACGCUGACGCUAUAUAGGGGUCCAGUGGUGAAAGACAAAGACCCCUCGACUCAUCUUCAACUAGCUCCUCCACUCUUUGUCUUCUUAUCCCAACAUGAGAAUUGGGUUCUUGGUUGUCUUCUUUUCGCACUUGCAUCCUUGUCUUACUCGAUAUGGAAUAUUAUUCAGGUGGGAACCAUUGAAAAAUGCCCGGAAGUAAUGACAGUGGCUUCUAGCUCUACUUUAUUUGGGACAUUCCUAUCCGCUUUGCUUGCUUUAAUCAUAGAACGAGAUCCUAUUGCAUGGAGGUUGCAAUUUGACAUGGGACUCCUUGUCAUUGUCUUAACGGCGAUAUUUGGAAGUCUUAUCAAAACCCAUGUACAUAUGUGGUGUAUACAAAGAAAAAGCCAGUUUUACGUUGUCAUGUUCAAGCCUCUCGGGGUUCCAAUUGCAGGCAUGUUUGGAUGCGUUUUCUUUGCUCAAACAUUUCAUUAUGGAAGCUUGAUGGCCGCAACGAUAACUGGAAUUGGAUAUUACACCAUGAUGUGGGGUCAAAUCAAAGAGGAUGAAAACAAGAGAGAUAAAGUGGAUUUAUCGGAAGAGAGAGCCCCUCUUUUGCAAGAAGAACAAGUAUAAACAAGAAGAGGAAGAGGAAGAGGAAGUUUCACGUAUAUAUGUCGGCAAGGGUAUGUUUUAGAGGCCCAAGCUACAAGUAAACUGUACAAUGUUAUGUAUGAAAUAAAUAAUUACAGAUUUGAAGUUGUUUA